AUGUCUGCCUCCGCGAACACCGGUGCUGUUGAUCAGCUCACCAACGACCUUGCCACCACCUCGCUGAACGGCGAGGAGAAGAACACCCCUGCCAUCAACACCAACGUUGAGGGCGCUCAGGGCGAUGCUGACACCGCUGGUCCUACCCCCAACUCGGCUGUUCCCCAGCCCCAGGCCUCUGCCUCUCUCUACGUCGGUGAGCUCGAGCCCCAGGUCACUGAGGCCAUGCUCUUCGAGCUGUUCUCCCACAUCGGCCCCGUCGCGUCUAUCCGUGUCUGCCGUGAUGCCGUCACUCGCCGUUCGCUCGGCUACGCCUACGUCAACUACAACACCACCUCGGAUGGCGAGAAGGCCCUCGAGGAGCUCAACUACACCGUGAUCAACGGCCGUCCCUGCCGUAUCAUGUGGUCGCAGCGCGACCCUGCCCUCCGCAAGAACGGCCAGGGCAACGUCUUCAUCAAGAACCUCGAUGUCGCCAUUGACAACAAGGCCCUUCACGACACCAUUUCUGAGGGCGAGGAUGAGGACAAGGUUAAGGAGGAGCCCAAGGAGGGUGCCGAGGAGGAGACUCCUGCCCCCGAAGCUGAGGUCAAGAAGGAGGACAGCGAGACUGAUGCCGAGAGCCAGGAGGCUGCCGACAAGAAGGACGCCAAGAAGGGCGACAAGAAGCUCGGCAAGAGCAAGGGCUUCGGCUUUGUUUGCUUCAGCAACCCCGAGGAUGCCACCAAGGCUGUUGCCGACAUGAACCAGCGCAUGAUUGACAACAAGCCUCUCUACGUCGCCCUGGCACAGCGCAAGGACGUUCGCAAGAACCAGCUUGAGCAGAGCAUCCAGGCCCGCAACCAGAUGCGCAUGCAGUCCGCUGCCGCUCAGGCCGGCAUGCCCAACCAGUUCAUGCAGCAGCCUGUCUACUUCCCUGGCCAGCAGCCCGGCUUCCUGCCCCAGGGCGGCCGUGGCAUGCCCUUCCCCCCCAACAUGGGCAUGCCCAACAUUCAGGGUGGUCGCCCCGGACAGUACCCUGCCGGUUUCCCCCAGCAGGGCGGCCGCGGCAUCCCCCAGCAGCUUCCCCCCAACAUGUACGGCGUCCCUGGCCAGUUCCCUCCCGGCGGCUUCCCCGCCCAGGCCAACAACCCCCAGUUCAUGGCUGCCAUGCAGCAGGUCCAGCAGGCCUCCAUGGGUGGCGGCCGUGGCCAAGGUGGCCGCGGUCCCAUGCAGGGCAUGCCCGCUGGCCCCAUGGGCCCCGGUGCCCCCGGCUACCCUCCCAACCGCCAGCAGCCCGGCCAGGCCGGCGGACGCGGCGGACGCAACGGUCAGCAGGGCAACUUCCCUCCCCAGGGCGGUCGCGGUGCCCCCGGCGCCGGCGAGAACACCCCUCCCCAGGGUCUCAGCGCUAUCCAGCUGCAGUUGAACAACGCUACCGAUGCCCGCCAGCAGAAGCAGAUCAUUGGCGAGCUUAUCUUCCCCAAGAUUGCCGCGCAGCAGCCUGAGCUCGCUGGCAAGAUCACGGGUAUGCUCCUCGAGAUGGAGAACUCUGAGCUCAUCACCCUCAUCGAGGAUGACAACGCCAUGAAGCUCAAGGUUGACGAGGCCCUCGGCGUGUACGAGGAGUACGUCAAGAACCAGGGCACCGAGGAGGACGAGUCGAAGAAGGAAGAGACCAAGGCUUAG